UCAGAUGAGCAAGCCCGAUAUCGGUUCCAGUUGGAACUGGAGUUUGUUCAGUGCCUGGCAAAUCCUAAUUACCUUAACUUCCUAGCACAGAGGGGAUUCUUCAAGGACAAGUCAUUUGUUAAUUAUCUGAAAUACCUUCUUUAUUGGAAGGAUCCUGAAUAUGCAAAAUAUUUAAAGUAUCCGCAAUGCUUGUAUAUGCUGGAGUUGCUACAGUAUGAACAUUUCCGCAAAGAGCUAGUGAAUGCCCAGUGUGCUAAGUUUAUUGACGAACAGCAAAUAUUGCACUGGCAACACUAUUCCCGUAAGCGUACGAGACUUCAGCAAGCUCUGGCAGAGCAGCAACCACAGAACAACACCAUUGGAAAGUGA